AUGGGUGGCCAACUCACAAAAGAACAAGCUCGUUUGCCUUUCGGAUAUGUUCCCAAGUCAAUACAUCAUCAGCGACAAUGCAUAUCAGGCUUAAAUCCAUCAACGUUACGGUCUAACGUACAUCCAUCUCCAGAUAAUCCUGAAACGCUCUUUAAUGACAUUGGUGACUUUAAUGGUACUUCUCACACCAUGUCUAGUCGUCCUAUCUCAAUAACGCCCGUUGGUGAAACCGCGUCGUUUAUUACCGUAACAACAGAUACUAUUUCACCUGAAGUUAUGAUGGAUGUAGAUAAACCAGAAGACGAUAAUUCUUGUUGUCAAGGGUUGAUGAAUGGAAUGAUACCGAGUGAAUUUAAUAUAAAUGCUGAUUUGUGUCCAAUAGUAUUCAGCGAAUUACAAAACUUUAAAAAUAUUGGACUUUGUCGGCGCGGUCUUGUUAAAUUAAGUCCUAAUAUUUGCUUCUUAUAUGUGACAACAUGUCUACAAAUAUGCUGUAACGAAUUGACUGAAAUACCUGCAGAAAUCGGCUAUAUGAAAAAUUUGACAACACUUGACGUCUCUAAAAAUCGAUUGGAAUUUAUUCCGGAUACGAUUGGAUUUUUGUACAAGUUGCAGGAAUUAAAGUUAUCAAAUAAUCAAUUAACCUGGAUACCGUCUUCCAUUGGUUCUCUCAAGAAGCUCGGCACUCUUUUGCUUGAUGAUAAUAAAAUUACAGAACUACCACCAGAAAUUGGCCAAAUAAAGACUCUAGUCCAUUUGGAUGUUAGAGAUAACCCACUCACAGUUUUACCUGCUGAACUCGGACGGCUUCAACAACUUCGGAAAUUGCGAACUGAUGGAUGUCCUCUAAAAACAGAAUUUGUACAUCAGCUUACGCAUUCUCCGCCGACACUAAUGGAACUGGCUGCACGUACUAUUGUUCGACUUCAAGUUCCAAUAUUAGAAGAUACAACUGAACAUAUCAAAGAUUAUCUUGCUAGUGCUAAAAAAUGUAGUUUUUGUGGUGGUCCUUAUUUUGAAAAUUAUACAAAACGUGGUAAAAUCAUUGAUAAAAACGAACAACAUAUUCCUCUCGAAUAUCGUUUAUGCUAUCCUCACUGGAAUACUGAACAAGAGCGCGUUAGUCUAUUAUUUUGCGCAUUACCUGAUACAGCACCUAGUCCUGAACCAUACAAACGUCGUCUUAAUAUGACUGACAAAUCAUGUGAUGGAAACUCUGUAGUGAGUGUCUCAUCUAGUACACAGGAAAAAGUUCAACGACCUUCCGUAAGGCGUUCCAUGACUAUUCCUUUGAGUUCCCUUACUAGAUCACCUUCUUUACCUAGUUUGCCAAGAUCAGCGUCUCCACGACCUACCGAUGACCGGCUGCAAGAUGAAGUUGGUAUAAAAAAGAGUAAUAGUUCCCGUGGUCGUAAUGGGGGUGUAUCAUUGUGGCGUUCAAAAAAGAAUAGUGCCUCAUCUACUAUUCUUGGAAAAUCUACACGCGAUAAUUUACGCUCAAGUUCUCGAUGGCGUUCAUAG